AUGGAAUUAAAAAAAUUCUAAGUUUUGGAAACUGAGUCAUUAAAAGGUACUAAUCUACAGCAGUUACAAAAUUUUUACUAGUUAAGUAGCAUUUCUUAUGUAAAAAAAUCAGGAAAUUUAAUUGACACUGAAAAUAUGAUUAUUAUAAAUACAUAAUAAGAGGAUGAUAAUAAAUUCAUUCGUUAAAUUUAGAUGGAUGAUACAUAAUUGCACAUAUUCUAAUCAGCUAAUGGAAUUUAUUGGUACAAAAAUUUAUUAAAUAUGCCAUUUUAAGCAUUAAAUUUAACUUCAAGUUAAAUUCUUUAAGAUCUUUAUUUUGAAUAAGGAUAAAAUUUAAUAGCAUUAUAUGACAGUAGUUGCUAAUGUGUUUAGAUUUAUAAUAUUAUAAAUAACAUCAAAUUGAUCAGCUAAAUAAUGUUUAAUACUAAAUUUGAUUUAAAAAUCAAGUUAGUUGAUUGGAAUAAUUAUAGUUUUAUAUACGUGAGUGGUACAACUUUAUAUCUUUAUGAUCAAAAUAAUAAUAUUAAGAAUGAAUAAAUUGGUUUACUAGACUCAAAUAUUAUGGAGUACUAAUAUUGUUUUUAACAAUAGAUAGCAGUUGCCAUGACUUAGAAACAAAGUCUCUAUAUAAUUAAGAUUUAAGAAAAAGCUUCAUCAAAAGUAGAAACAAAUUUCUAAUAUGUGAAUUAAUAGAUUGUUUUAUAACUUAAAUUUGUUUUGAAAUGCACUGAAAAUAUAUUAAUAAUUUAUUCUCCUGUUAUCUAAAUUAUCAAUCUACUUACAGCAACAUAUUAAGAAGAAUUUUUAAAGUUUAAUUGGCAAAUAGGCAUGUAUUAUUCAGAAAAUAUACCAAUUGUUAAUGUAAAAGAGAAGCUUAUUAUAUGUGUAUUUGAUAUUUAUGUAAACUAUUUUGAAAGAAAUAACCUUUCAAUAUACUUAGACUAUUUCGAUUAUAGAUAAAAUAAUACAAAUACCUAUUAUGAUUUAUAGAAUAACGUUUUGAUAGGAGUUACUGGAGCUACAAAAAGAAUAAAUAUUAUAAAUAUUCCAGGUGAAUAUAGUUUUUUCAGGUACUACACAAUCAAUUCAUUUUUAUAAGGAGCAACAUACUAUUAUAAGGAUAAAACAAGUGUAAUAAUAAUUGAUACUACUCCUGUAAUAUACUUAUGUAACUAUGUAACAAGAAAUAUAACAACAUUCAAUACAAUUGUUAAAGAUACAUAAGGUAUUUAGAUGGAUUAAAAUAAAAAUAUCAUUUUCUUAUAUUCAUACUAAUUUAUUUCUGCUUUGAAGUUUCCAGAAAUCUAUUUAUGUAAAUUAGCUGAUUUAGGUGCUAAUAGUCUAAACAAGUACAGCUUUUAUUGCUUUUGA